UUUAAUGACUUCUUUCAGUAGAGAGGCAAUUUCAUGUACUGAUUCAUGUUCCUUGUGCAUAUCAAAAUCUUUUCUCAUUUCAAAGUAGAAUGAAAAGGUCAGGUCUUCUGCUCACACAUACAAUAAUGCAAGCAUACAUUAAACACAGCCCCACUGCACUUAUCUUUGAAGGAAGACUACCUUAUUUUGCACCUAAGUGUGCCUACAUAUCAUAAACAAGUUAAUUUAUCUUUCAUGGUAUUGUCAAUGUAAAUUCUCCUACGCAAGUUAGCACACUGCAUUUGCCCCUGGUGAAAAAUUAUUACUAACAUGACUGACUCCCAGUUCAGCACAAUUCUCCUUUUUAAACAGGAGAGAAAAUGCCACUAUUAAUAGCAGAGCUGUCAAGACAGCAUCAUCUGAAAGACUCGGAGUGUUUCAAGACAAAGCCAGAUUGUCAUUCUCUUGCUGCAGCUUGCAGAAAGAGGGAAAAAAAAAAAAAAAAAAAGUCUUAUUGUUGAAAGUCAGAUAGUUUAAAAGAAAACUUAGUUUAAACUUAUGCAUUGGAUCAGGUAAUGAGGUCUGAUGUGAUUCUGUGUAGAUUUAUUUUGAAAACGAGCAGUUUCUCUUAAAUUGCUCUCUACUUUUUAGCUAUUCACCUCUUCUCAAAUAACUACAGGGAGCAUGUAGGGUGGUUCCUGGUCUCGUGUGUAUCUUCUACAAACAGAUAGAUGUCUGUGUUCUUUAAAAGAUGUUGGGGCAGGAAAGAGGUGUUAAGAGUUCUCACAGUAACACUUAGUAAAUCAGAAACAGCAUUUCUACACAGACCUAAUUCCUUUAUCUUUUUUUUCUCUUACAACAGCAUGCAGGGAAUCUUCAUUUUGCACAUCAAGUAGAUCUGUAGUCACUCUGGACUUGUCUGUAAGGAGACCUAAGCAGUGAGCCAAUAUGUGAAUGUACAGUGCAGUGACUCUGCAGGGAGAUAUUCCCAAAAGCUGAGCAUGCCUGCCACUGCUGAGAGCCAGUGGGACCCAGAUUUCUUCCCACUCUGGAAGAAGUGCACCAAGAAAGUUUGGAAGCAAAGAUGUGCAACCUAAAACUGUCAGUUUUCUUCAUUGUACUUUCUGUCACACUGAGCUGUUUGGAAGCUACACCUAUUGAGAAAUUAUUAUCUGUGGCUGAUGAUCUAUCUGAUGGGACUUCCAAGAGGCAAGGAUGGAUAUUGCCCAUAAUGUCACAGAAUACACUCUCAGGACUUAGUGAGGAAAUGCCAGAACAACCAGCAGCAAAGACAAAAAGUAGUCACCAUCUGGAGAAACGGAAAUGCAACACCGCUACAUGUGUGACACAACGCUUGGCUGACUUUUUAGUUCGUUCCAGCAGCAACAUCGGAGCAAUUUAUUCACCUACAAAUGUGGGGUCCAAUACAUAUGGAAAGAGGGACACAAAUGGGCUUCUAAGCAAAGAACCCCAAAACAAUGCACAGCUUUAGGGUGUUAAAAUGACUACUGAUACAGUUUUCAUUAAGAGUUCAGUUUCUAAUGUAUCAAUAAUGUUUCAGUCAUUUAUUACUUGUACAGUCUUAACAGUGCCUUGUUUUCUUUGUGUGCUUAUAUGUAAUUUAUGUUUGUCAUUUCACUAUGCGUCUGUGCGUGUACAAUGUCAUGCAUAGGCUGUUGUUUCAACUCCAUUAAGAACUCCAGAAAUCUGCUUGUCAAAUUUCUUUGUAAAGGAAAA